AUGACAGGCGUGACGUCAGGACAAGUAACACCACUUGUGUCAUUUGGUUUAGUGACCGACGUGCAAUAUGCCGACGUAGAAGAUGGGUGGGAUUAUCACCACACGUCCAAACGAUAUUAUCGUAAUGCACUACCCCAACUAAAUGCCACCAUCAUUGAAUGGCUGCGCGUCGCCGAAAGCAAAACCUCGACGGCAAAACUUCGCUUUGCCGUAAAUCUAGGAGAUCUCAUUGAUGGUAAGAACCGACCAGCUUCAACAUCACGACAAGCUCUGGAGAGUACGAAAGCAGCUUGGAGAUCCUUUGAAAGCGCAGUGGGUCCAGUGCAUCACCUGAUUGGGAACCACGAGCUCUACAACUUUCCUGCUUCAGUGAUCCAGAAAAAACUACUCUAUCAACCGCCCACGAUAGCGAAUGAUGCACCGCAUCGUAGUUACUAUGACUUUCAAGUACCUGAUGCUCCAAACUUUUGCUUUGUCGUACUAGAUUGCUACGGGUUAUCAAUUCUCGGGCGUGAAAAGAGCGACCCAGUGCAUCAAGAAGCCUUGGCACUGCUGCGUCGGGUAAACCCAAACGAGAAUUACAAUUCUCCUAAUGGUCUUGUUAAUGAGCAGAGGAGAUUUGUUGCAUUUAAUGGUGCCGUGGAUCAAGCGCAAAUGUGUUGGUUGGAAGAGACUCUUGUAAAAGCAUCAAAGAAUAACGACAAUGUGGUGAUCUUUACUCAUGUCCCGAUCCACCCAAACUCGACACCGUCACCUUCAAGUUUGUUAUGGAACUACCCUGAAGUACUAGAGCUUAUUUGGCGUUUUAGCUGCGUUCGUGUCGUCUUUUCAGGUCAUUCACAUGCUGACGGAUACGUCUAUGCGCGUGAAGGCAUGCACAACGAAGGCGUGCAUUUUGUCGUGUGUGAUGCUAUUCUUGAAUGUGCACCGUCCGAGACUGCGCAUGCCUUAGUGCAUGUGUUUCAUGAUAAACUGGUUGUACAAGGCUACGGCAAGAUCCCCACGCGAGAACUUUGUUUCCUACAGCAAGACGUGAGGCAAGAGUGA